GAGGAGGGUCGUUGUGGGAGUUGGGGGGCCUUGGGUUCAGGGCACCCACCCCCCGGGGGACUUGGGGCCUCAUUGGCCUGGGCACUCCCCAACCAGGGCUGAGGCUCUGCAAAACGAAGAAAAGAAAGGGAAAGGUCGUGGUCCUCGGACACGCCACACGCGGCCUUUCCCCGAGACGCUCGAGGAAGGUCUCCUUGGGCCGGUGAAGGCUGAUCAACUGACAGAAGAGCAAAUUGCAGAAUUCAAAGAAGCCUUUUCACUAUUUGACAAGGAUGGAGAUGGUACUAUAACAACAAAGGAAUUGGGAACUGUAAUGAGGUCACUUGGGCAAAACCCCACUGAAGCUGAAUUGCAGGAUAUGAUUAAUGAAGUAGAUGCUGAUGGUAAUGGCACAAUUGACUUUCCAGAAUUUCUGACUAUGAUGGCAAGAAAAAUGAAAGACACAGACAGUGAAGAAGAAAUUAGAGAAGCAUUCCGUGUGUUUGACAAGGAUGGAAAUGGUUAUAUUAGUGCAGCAGAACUUCGCCAUGUGAUGACAAACCUUGGAGAGAAGUUAACAGACGAAGAGGUUGAUGAAAUGAUCAGGGAAGCAGAUAUUGAUGGUGAUGGUCAAGUAAACUAUGAAGAGUUUGUACAAAUGAUGACAGCAAAGUGAAGACAUUGUACAGAAUGUGUUAGAAUUUCUUGUACAAAAUUGUUUAUUUGCCUUUUCUUUGUUUGUAACUUAUCUGUAAAAGGUUUUCCCCCCUACUGUCAAAAGGAUAUGCAUGUGUAGUAAUUAGGACUUCAUUCCUCCAUGUUUUUCUUCCCCUUAUCUUACUGUCAUUGUCCUGAAACUUUAUUUUGGAAAAUUGAUCAAGUAACAUGUUGCAUGUGGCUUACUCUGGAUAUAUCUAAGCCCUUCUGCACAUCUAAACUUAGAUGGAGUUGGUCAAAUGAGGGAACAUCUGGGUUAUGCCUUUCUUUUUUUUAAAGAAGUAGUUUUCUUUAGGAGCUGUCAGCAUGUUGUUGUUGAAGUGUGGAGUUGUAACUCUGCGUGGACUAUGGACAGUCAACAAUAUGUACUUAAAGUUGCACUAUUGCAAAACGGGUGUAUUAUCCAGGUACUCGUACACUAUUUUUUUGUACUGCUGGUCCUGUACCAGAAAACAUUUUCUUCUAUUGUUACUUGCUUUUUAAACUUUGUUUAGCCACUUAUUUAAAAAAAAAAUCUGCUUAUGGCACAAUUUGCCUCAAAUCCAUUCCAAGUUGUAUAUUUGUUUUCCAAUAAAAAAAUAAUUACAAUUUA